AUGUUUCCUAUCAUAUUUGCCGCCCUUCUCAUUUCAGAUGUAUCAGCCUUUAUUCAUCCUGGGGCGCUUCAUACGUCGGGAGAUUUUGAGCGCAUCAAUACCCACGUAGUGAAUGGGGAUGAACCAUGGAACACCACUUGGGGACUGUUGACCACGAGCCCUUACGCACAAUCAUCUUACCAGCCCAAGCCACAAGCAACUGUGUACCGGGGUUACAACGGAGUAGAUGCGGAAAAUUAUCAGUAUCUGUAUAAAGAUGCCGCAGCCGCCUACCAGCUUGCAGUGCGCUGGAAGAUCUCCAACGAUUCCGCCUACGCAGACGCUGCUAUUAACAUCUUGGGCUCCUGGGCAGCAACUCUGACGGCUAUCAACGGCACGAGUGAUAAGUUUCUGGCCUCAGGACUGUAUGGAUACCAGAUGGCCAAUGCAGCCGAGCUCAUGAGGGAUUACUCAGGAUGGGACAGUAGCAACAAAACUGCGACUGGACGUAUGCUGACAAGUAUCUUCGCAUCCAUGAACACACUCUUUUUGGAAAACCAUAAUGGUCAAAAUGACUAUCACUAUUAUGCCAACUGGGACCAAUGCAAUCUGGCUUCACUAAUUGCAAUCGGCAUCUUCACUGAUAAUCAGACCAUGUAUGAUGAUGCUGUCCAGUACAUGCUCACGGGUCCGUCAAAUGGCGCUCUGCCUGUAUUCGAUAUUGCCAAUUACACCGAAGACGGUUCGGGGAAGGUUUUAAUACAAGGUCAGGAAGCUGGACGUGACCAGGGUCAUGCCACACUUGAUAUAGUGCUAUUGGGGGUCAUUGCUCGUCAAUCGUACAACCAAGGCGACGACCUAUUUGCCGCAUACAACAAUGAAAUACUUAAUGCGGCUGAGUAUGUUUCGAAGUAUAACAUCGGCUAUGACGUUCCCUACACACCUUAUGAUAGCUAUCAGGGGAACCAGAGUGUUAUUUCCAAUAACUCAAGGGGGGACAUCCGACCAGGAUUUGAGUUGCUGUCAGCACAUUACGGCCAAUUGAAAGGCUUGAACUCUUCAUGGACAGAUGCUUAUCGGGACUUCAUUAACGCCAACUCCACGGAUGGUGUUGAAGGUGGUGGUGGGAACUACGGCUCUACUUCCGGUGGCUUUGAUGGUCUCGGGUUUGGCACUCUGCUAUAUCGAAUUUCCUAG